UCGCUGCCGGUCGGCCCGGUCCUGCCACCGCCACCACAUACAAGUGGGCGUCGUGCAGACCAAACAACUCGCUCCACUCGAAUUCCAACCAUGGCAGGGCACGCCCAAGCUUCAACAACACCUCUGCUGUGCCUCCCCCUCUGCCUCCUAGUACUGCUAUCCUCUGCCCAACGGGCAACGGGCAUGUACCUCGACGCCGGCGGAAACCACGAGACCUUCUCCGGCGGCACCGUGCCUGAGAGCUUCAGCGUACGGAGCCGCAACUCCUCCAACAGCUCCGGCGCCGGCGCGGCCUUCUGCAGGCUCCUCUCCCUCCAGAUCCUCGACCUGUCCAACAACCAGCUCACGGGCGAGCUCCCCGACUGCUGGUGGAAUCUGCAGGCGCUGCAGUUCAUGGACCUCUCCAACAACUCCUUCUCGGGUCAAAUCCCCGCUGCCGAGGCAAGUCACAACUGCUCCCUCGAGUCGCUCCAUCUCGCCGGCAAUGACUUCACCGGCACCUUCCCGCGGGUCUUGGAUCAUUGCGAUUCGCUGACCACCCUCGACAUCGGGAAUAAUAAGUUCUUCGGCGCCAUCCCUCCAUGGAUAGGAACCCGUGUUCCAUCGUUGAGAAUCCUUAGCCUUAGAUCAAACAAUUUCACAGGAGAAAUCCCUUCGAAGUUGUCGCGGCUUUCUAAACUCCAGCUGCUCGACCUUGCCAACAACAGACUGACAGGACCAAUCCCUGUAGCAUUCGGCAACAUGGCCUCCAUGAGGCAUCCAGAAAUUGUGUCGAGUCAGGCAUCAGCGCUGGAUGGGUCGAAUUAUCAGGAUAGAAUCGAUAUAAUCUGGAAGGGCCAGGAGCUCAUCUUCCAAAGAACGAUCCGGUUAUUAACCGGCAUCGAUCUGUCAGGCAAUAUGUUGUCUCGGUGCAUCCCUGAAGAGUUAACUAGGCUGGAAGGCCUCCGAUUUCUAAACCUGUCAAGAAACCAUCUGUCAUGCGGCAUCCCUAAAGAUAUUGGUAGUUUGAGGAAUCUCGAGUCUCUUGAUCUAUCAUGUAAUGAGCUUUAUGGAAACAUUCCACAGAGCAUCUCGAUCUUGUCCGGGCUCAGCACAUUCAACAUCUCGAACAAUCAUUUGUCAGGCAAGAUACCUACUGGGAGCCAGAUGCAGACGUUGACCGACCCUUCGAUUUACCGGAACAAUUCCGGCCUUUGCGGAUUUCCUCUAGAGGAUUGUCCAAAUACUUCGCCUGCUUCGGAUGAGAAAACCGGUGAAGGGGAGGACCAGUGGCUGUACUACUGUGUGACUGCUGGGGUUGUUUUUGGGUUUUGGCUAUGGUUUGGACUGCUCUUUUCAGUUGAGACCUGGAGAUGUGCUCUUCUCUUCUCUGUCGAUGGCAUGCAAUCCAAGAUUAUGCAGAAGGUGUCGCAUAUUGACCAGUUUAUUUCAAAAAGUAGUAAUGAUCAAUAUAUGUAAUUGUUUCUUGCUUUGCUGUAAAACACAAGAAUGUAUGUAUGCUAUGUUAGGCCUUGUACCAUGGGAAAUGCUUAGGAAGAUGCUUAGUAAAAUAAGCCGAGUUCUUCUUAAGCACCGGUGCUUAUUUCUAUAGGACAGACGCUUAAUUAAGCGUCUACCCUCUACAAAUAAGCACCGAUACUUAGAGAAAAACUGGUUUAUUUCUCUAAGCACCUAUCCCAAGCACCUUGCAUUGUACAGGGCCUUAUGAACUUUGUUUUGUAAUAGGCAACUUUUCGUCCCAUUUUCUCAUGUAGUGGGGAGGGGAAAUAAUAUCAUGCAUAUUUGGGCUUCA